AUGGACAACCACAGGCGGCAGCCGACCACAAGCCAUCAACCAGGCCAGCAGACGGUGCUGCCUCCAGGUGCUCACCAUCCUCACGAGCGCCCAGACAUCCUGAUAGCGACGGCCUCCCCCUUCCAGCAUGAUGACAGCAUCUCAUCUAAUCAUCUACCUCCAUCUUCCAAUCCUCUCCCUGCCUUCUCAUCGCCCGCAGAGUCAACUCUUUCAUCCUCACUCAACCAUCUUCCCCCUCGAUACGACUCGCAUCAGUUUCCGCCCACGCCUCCAGCAUUGCACACCUCUGACCCAGUGUCAGCCUCCUACUUUGAAUACCAACACGGCGCUGCAGCAGAUCAGCUUGCCCUUUCCGAUGCCCCUUGGUCUCCCUCCGAACAACCGAUGCCUCGCGUGUUUGCCUCACGCUUUCCACGAUGGGGAUCUUGGCUAGAGAAGCGUGCCCUCGAGCGCCAUUACGCCCAACUUGACAGCCAAGCCAGUUCACAGCAUCUCGCACCUUCCAGCAGAGUAGAGCCACCUAACAGGAAGAAGAGUUGGGGCGCAUGGGUCGAUGGUCCUGACGCCAUCAAUGACGAUGCCAACUCAGCUCCUCCUCCUCAAAACAUAGCAUCCAUCAUGGACCCAUCAUCUUUGCCUCCGCUGCAUGUUCACCACUAUGGCUCUCGCUUCAUUCCACAUCUCCCUGCUCAGCCCCUGUGCAGCCUACUUGUCCAAUUGCCACCCUCCGUUCAUCACCGAGACAAAUCUAGCCUGGCACCGAGACAAGUGCUUCUCGUAGGCACCGCUCUUGGCCUCUUUGCAGUCCAAAUCCGACAGCCUCAGGAUCACUCCUAUUCUCGUCAGACACAAGACGCUCCUCCCAGUCCCUCGACAACUUGCAAACAGUGGAACGACAACAUCCGCUGCAUCCACGUCCUUUCCGGUAUAGCCGUCUAUCAGAUGUGUCUGCUAGCAUCCAAGGCCGACGCUGCCGCAGCCAAAAGCCGCAUGUCACAGCCAAACAGCACAGCCAUCUCUGGCGUCUUACUUGCCCUCACUUGUCCAUCUUCAGCACGAGAUGGCUUGUUCGCUUCUUCCCUCAUGCAACUCAGCGCUCAUGCCGGUUCCGUACUGGAGAACGUCGCAGCCUCUGGCUCCUUUACUCCCAGCUCAUCCAACUUGAGUCACAAUGGCCAUCGUAUCUCCAAUCCCAAUGAAGGCAUCGCCGCUGCCAACUUUGGGCCCACAGCUGGCGGCGGACCAAGGCGCGCUGUACCCCCUGGUGGAUCUGGCGUCGUCCGAAUGUGGCACUUGCAGUCCAUUCGAGAGCUCUUGCUUUACGCGCUCGACAGGAACGACGCCCAGCUCCCCAUCGAUCUCGCCUCCUCAUCAGAAAGCUCGGAAGAUAGGCGUGGAGGCCUUGGCACUAUGUUCAGAAAGACGUUCUCCCGGCAGAAAGCAAGAUCGCAGCCCAGAAAGCCUGCACACGAAUGCACUCAGUCAGAAUCUUCGCUUUCUGCCACGAUCGAUCCGAUGCCGAGACUUUCCGGGACUACCAUGUCCUCAUCUUCUUCGCAACAUUCCUCAACAGGAUUCGGUGUACUUCCACAACUCUCUCGCGGUGCCACCUUCCGCCAUGACCCUCGUGCUUCUGGCUCCCCUCGAACGUCUCCACCGGCAACAAAACGGCAAAUUGACCCUGCACAUGCAGCUGCCGUCUCCUUGGCCACGAGCUCAGUGCCCAUACAGCCACCAGCGCACUCAUCAGCUGCAUCUCAUAACAGUACUGCCUCCUUCACCUCGCUCUUUGCCGAUGAUCUUGUUCAAUCCUUCUCAGGAAGCAGAAAUGGCGGCACAAAGGGCAAGGAGCGUGAAGCGAGCUCACAAGCGGCUUCCAAAGGUGUCCUCUUCUUCUCCGUCCAUGAGGCGGCGACCGACACCAAAGCCUCUGGAACAUGGUAUCUUGCCAUCACUUAUGCUCGGACCGUCAUGGUUUACGAAGCUGCCGUGCCCCGACACGGUACCACUCGCGCUUGGUCCUUCGUGAAAGAACUCUAUGCUCCCUUCCUCAUUAAGGCUGUCACUUUUGCUCCUGCAGCAGUCGAUGAUCAACUACAUCCAUUCGCCAGUCUCAGCUCCCUGCCUCUCAACGCUGGACCGACAAAGUUGAGGGUUGCAACGGCCGACGGUCCUUUGUCGAUAUCUAAGAAGGCUCCUUCCAAUCGCGAAACUAGCUCUAUGAACGGCUCUGCUCGCAUGAUCGGUGCUUCUAGCCCUACAAAGACAACACUUGUAAGCGCUGCCCCGACCUCCUGGCAUAAAGCAGACCUUUGCUUGCUUCUCAACUUCGGGCGUCGUGCCGUGCUUGUACGCUUAAGGGACUCUGACGUACGGGAGCUGCACUUGAAACCCCUUGCUCAACUGAUCGCCGCUUCAGAUGCAUCAGAUAGCGGAUCCACCACCCAAUUGUCGCUUCAACCUCAGUCUCGCAGGAGUUUUGCCGACCCUCAAUCCAGAAUCAAUCGCAGCAGGCCAGCGAGCAUGCUCAGCGAAAGUGAUCCACUAUCAGACGCUCUGCCAACAGGCGCUCCCACCCAUUCUCGCUCUGGCUCAGUGGAGCACAAGCUCAGAGAGGCUAUUCUCGACAAAAGAUCAAACAAGCACAACUGGAUCGGCUUCUCCACCAUCGAGGCGCAGGUCCUCGUUCGCCAGUGGUCUGACAACCAAGUAGAUCCUCCUCAUGACGUCUCGGAUAUAGAUCAGUGGCCGAGGAUGGAAGGCUCUGGACUGUCACCAAUGGGCAUGUCCAUAACGAAGGCAUCUCCCGGACAGCCUGCCUUAUCGCCUCAGGUGUUGGACAAAGAUCUUCCGAGGGUCCCAGCUCCCCAAAAUGCUUCUUUCGACCGACGUAUGUCACGCCUGCAUCUUUCCGAGCAAAGCUCGCUAUACCAUGACAAAGUGCAAGCCGACAGCAGUAGUGAUAGUGACGAUGGCAUCAGCACAGUCGAUGCGCGAGAGCGAGCGGCAAAAUAUCAGCUCAGAGACCUUGGGCCAUUGCCUCAAGCAGACAUUCGCAAUCAGCCGCCAAUGACGGGCAAAGCCCGGAUAGACACUAAUAGGACUCCGAAGCGUUCCUCGUCACUUCCGCCUUCGCAAUCAAUCUCGGUGAAGGUAGCCCUUGCGUCUCGAGGCAGUUUGACUCAUGUUCUACAGCUUCCUCUGGCAUCGAAUCUCAUGGAAACACCUCCUCUGGCAGUGAUGCAAUGGACCGACGUUCCCAACGCCGUGUCUGGCUGGGCCAGAGUGUUGGGCGUCGAACGCGCAAGCUCUAGGGGCCCAACACCUCUCAGUCAUCUCAGGCAAUCGACCGCGGUGUCGUCGGCUUCAGCAACUCUUUUAAGCUCGCUCGGACAGACUCUGGCAGCUCAGCCAAAACAAGGCGCGCCAUCUCUUAACCCUGGACGCAAGAGUCAUCGAUUGAUACUACAUGUGGGUGUCACAUGUGCAGCAUUUUUGGCCAGUCGCAUAGAGGCCAGGAAGGUGUCCUUUAGGGUGCCAGUGAACGUCGAUUUCGACGUGUCAUCCGAGCACGAGCUCGAGCUUAUUCCCACAUACAACGAAGCAGGAUACAAGAGGGCAAACGGCGGCACAGUGCAGAAGUCGAUGCCGGACACCGAAACAUGUCGUCGACUCAGCGAUGAGGAUACGACGAGCGUCGGCGAUGGAUGGCGAGCGGAUCCUUCAAAGAGCCAGCCUUUUGCUUACCCUUGUGUUCAAACUUUCUCUUCCGACCGCCUCGCAGAUCGCAGCCACAGCGAGGUUAGCGCACUCAGCCUGGAGCUCGAGUAUCUCUGUGCGCCGCUGCUGACACUGAAUCCUAUCGAUCUGGCUGAAAGUAGUUGUGGUGCCCAGUCGUUGGUCCUUCCGCUAUCCCAAGCCACUCGGCAGCAAGGUGCGCAGGGUGGCACAGGCACGGAAUCGGCUGUUCAUGCACUUUUCCCAGAGCUCGGUGGAGAUGCUGGUGUCAUUGCCUUCGACUGGCGUGGCGCCGACGACUUCCGCCUCUUUACCCUCGGCAUUGCCGGCUAA